AUGAGGAGCGAUGAAGCUGUCAAGAUUUACGAAGACAAUCAAGGUUCCAUCGCUUUGGCCAAAAAUCCCGAAUUUCACAAGCGCACAAAACACAUUGACAUUCGGUAUCACUUUGUAAGCGAAAAAGUGGCUGAAGGAACAUUGGUGUUGGAAUACUGCUCGACCAAGGACAUGAAGGCCGACCUGAUGACGAAGCCAAUUCCUGCAGUACAGUUUCAACAUCUACGGAACAUGCUGGGUGUCAAGGUGCUAACUUCUGCCGAGGCGAGUGGGAGUGUUGUCACAAAUGCGCCUCGGCAUGCGUAUUCGCACAAGAACCUGUAG